AUGCGAUGGCCGUCAGCAGUGACGCACUCGGUAGUUGAUGGCCCUCUGCUAGAUCAAGGUACCGAGAAACAUGAAGGAGCAGGUACUUCUGGGAUUACUGAUCAGGAAAAGGAAUUGUCGAGCAGUGCAUUACAAGCUUUUCUGGCUGGAAACUACGAUGCUUGUUUACAACACCUAAAUACCCUUCAAGACAUAAACAAAGAUGACUAUAAAAUAACUUUGAAUACUGCUGUUGCGGAGUUCUGUAAAAGUAACCAGACUACAACAGACAGUUUGAGACAGACCCUUAACCAGCUGAAGAACCAGGUUCACUCUGUUGUUGAAGAAAUGGAUGGUUUAGAUGAUGUUGAAAAUAGUAUGCUGUACUACAAUCAAGCUGUUAUUUUGUAUCAUCUGCGUCAGUAUACUGAAGCUAUAUCAGUUGGGGAGAAGCUGUACCAGUUUAUAGAGCCUUUUGAAGAGAAGUUUGCCCAGGCUGUGUGCUUCUUGCUUGUAGACUUGUACCUGCUAACUUACCAAGCUGAGAAAGCCUUGCAUCUGCUUGCUGUUCUGGAGAAAAUGAUUUCACAGGGCAACAAUAACAGCAAGAAUGGAAAAAAUGAGGUGACUAAUAGUAAUAAUACAAGUAAAGAUUCCUCAAAUCAAAAAGCUGAAAGUGGAGCUUUAAUAGAAGUUGCUAAAUCUAAGAUACAUCAGUAUAAGGUGAGAGCCUAUAUCCAGAUGAAGUCACUAAAAGCGUGCAAAAGGGAGAUCAAGUCUGUUAUGAAUACAGCUGGGAAUUCAGCUCCUUCUCUCUUUCUUAAGAGCAAUUUUGAAUAUUUGAGGGGCAAUUAUCGUAAAGCGGUGAAACUUCUAAACAGUGCAAACAUUGCUGAACAUCCAGGUUUCAUGAAAACAGGUGAAUGCUUAAGGUGUAUGUUCUGGAACAAUCUUGGCUGCAUCCACUUUGCAAUGGGAAAGCACAAUUUAGGAAUUUUUUACUUUAAAAAAGCCUUGCAAGAAAACGAUAAUGCGUGUGCGCAGCUAGGAACGGGCAGCUCAGAUCCAGGUAAAAAAUUUUCGGGGAGACCCAUGUGUACACUGCUGACCAACAAACGGUAUGAGCUGCUCUACAAUUGUGGAAUUCAGCUCUUGCAUAUCGGGAGGCCCUUAGCUGCCUUUGAGUGCCUGAUCGAGGCGGUCCAGGUUUAUCACUCAAACCCUCGUCUUUGGCUGCGAAUAGCAGAAUGCUGCAUUGCUGCCAAUAAAGGGACAUCAGAACAAGAGACUAAAGGUCUUCCCAGCAAAAAGGGAAUUGUGCAAUCUAUAGUAGGUCAAGGCUACCACCGCAAGAUAGUCCUAGCAUCCCAGUCAAUACAGAAUGUCGUUUAUAAUGAUGGGCAGUCCUCAGCAAUACCUGUAGCAAGUAUGGAAUUUGCAGCGAUUUGUCUAAGAAAUGCCUUGCUGCUACUGCCAGAAGAUCAGCAGGAGCCAAAGCAGGAAAAUGGAUCUAAAACUAGUAAUCAGCUGGGGGGGAAUACAGAAAGCAGUGAAAGCAGUGAAGCGUGCAGCAAUAAAAGUCAUGAAGGGGAUAAAUUUAUUGCAGCUCCACCUUCUUCACCUUUGAAGAAACAGGAAUUAGAAAAUUUAAGGUGCUCAAUACUUGCCUGCAGUGCUUACGUGGCUCUGGCUUUGGGUGAUAACCUUAUGGCGUUGAAUCACGCAGAUAAACUUCUUCAGCAACCAAAGCUGUCAGGGUCUCUUAAGUUUCUUGGGCAUUUGUACGCAGCAGAAGCUCUCAUCUCUCUAGACAGAAUAUCCGAUGCCAUCACUCACUUGAACCCCGAGAAUGUCACUGAUGUUUCCCUUGGGAUCUCUUCAAAUGAGCAGGAUCAAGGGUCUGACAAAGGAGAGAAUGAGGCGAUGGAAUCUUCUGGCAAGCAGACCCCACAGUGUUACCCUAGUUCGGUCACAUCUGCGCGAACAAUGAUGUUGUUUAACCUUGGCAGUGCUUACUGCUUGAGGAGUGAAUAUGACAAAGCUCGCAAGUGUCUUCAUCAGGCUGCUUCGCUGAUCCACCCCAAAGAGAUCCCUCCAGAGGCUAUUCUGCUGGCUGUCUAUCUGGAAUUGCAGAAUGGUAACACACAGCUGGCACUGCAGAUCAUCAAGAGAAACCAGCUGCUCCCUUCUGUGAAAACGCUCUCCGACAUGCGGAAGAAACCUGUUUUCCAGCCCGUCCACUCGAUCCAGCCCAUUCAGAUGCCGGCUUUCACCACUGUGCAAAGGAAGUGAGGUCGUGCUUCAACCUGCUGCUGCCCUGCCCACGAGGGCUUGGGUUUUUGUAUAUUUUUUUUUAACCUAGGACACCUGCAUACCCCAAUUGAUGAGUGUGUUCAUUUAUGUAAAUUUUUAAUAAAAAUGUAUAAACAAAAA